GACUUCAACCCUGUCUGGCUUCACAGAGGGACACCAGGCCUUCUGACCCUGAGACUAUUAGCAGCAGUUGGGAUUUUUUUGUUACUCUGAGCAUCUCUCUGGGAAAAACGUUGCCACCAUGUCGACGGCUGUGGAAGCGACCGGGUUCAUCAUGUGCCUCAUCAGUUGGUUGAUCACCGGCUCGUCGCUGGCUAACGACUACUGGAAGAUCUCCUCCGUGUCCGGCAGCGUCAUCAUCUCCCAGAGGCAGUUCGAGAACCUGUGGCACUCCUGCGCCGAGAACAGCGCCGGCAUCGCCGAGUGUCGAGACUUUGAGUCGAUGCUCGCCCUCCCUGCUCACAUUCAGGCGAGUCGAGCCCUGAUGAUCCUGUCUCUGCUGCUCGGACUCGGCUCCAUGAUCGUGGCUCUGCUCGGACUCAAGUGCAUCAAGAUCGGCUCGGCCACCGAGCAAUCCAAGGCCAAGAUCGCCAUCUGCGGAGGCAUCCUGAGUAUGCUGGCAGGUCUCUGCUGCAUGAUAGCGGUUUCCUGGUACGCCUACAGAGUCGUGCAGGACUUCCACAACCCGUUCUUCGGUGGUGUGAAGUUUGAGCUGAGUACGGGUCUCUACAUGGGAUGGGGCGGAGCCUGUCUGGCCAUCCUCGGUGGAGCUUUUCUCUGCACGGCCUGUAAGAGAGUGAAAUCUGAAGGACAGAAAAGUGGUCUCUAUGGAAACAAGUCGCCAAGGGUCUACACCGCUACAGCCAAGUCCGACCCAGAUUCGUCCAAAGCCUACGUCUGAACUCUCACAUGGACGUUUUUAAGGACGUUGUGCUGUCCCACAUUCAUUUCCUGACGUUGUCCUGAUUUAUGGAAAACAAAGUUUUAACCCUAAAAAUAAGAAGGAGACCAGCUGUUUGUCCCCAGAUGGGAGGACAGUUCCCAUGAUGUGAUGAUUACUGGUAACAAACCAUGUCUGCUAAACGAUGUCUCGUAGAAUAUAAACAUGGAGUAUAAUGUCUCAUAAUAUAUGGACAUUUAUUAUAAUGUCUCAUAAGAUAUGGACAUUAAAUCUGAACAUGUAGUAUAGUGUCUUUUUAAUUAUGGACAUGUAGUAUAAUGACUAAUGUCUCAUAGAAUAUGGAGAUUUAUUAUGAUGUCUCGUAAAAUAUAGACAUGAAGUAUAAUGCCUGUUAGUUAUGGAGAUGUGUAUAAUGUCUCAUAGAAUCUAGACAUGUAGUUCUUUUUUCUGUCCUUUUGAAAUAUUGACUUAUUUUUUUAAAGAGUUUUUGACGUGAAAUCUCAAAUCUAAAUCUAGAAAAUACAAAAAAACGAGUGGAUGAUUGUUAAUGAUUCUGUAAUUCUGUGUGGAGUUUAUGAUUAUCGGAAUAAAGUUUGUAUUAUACAU